GCUAUGGCCACGAAAAUUCAAAUCAAUGGAACCCAUCUAGAAGGAGGAGGUCAAAUUUUGCGAAUGGCCGUGGGGUUCGCCUCCAUAUUAGGCACACCCAUUCACAUCCAUUCGAUUCGGGGUAAUCGCUCGAAGCCCGGGUUAAAAGCUCAGCAUUUAAAAGGAAUCGAGUUAAGCCACGAGAUUCGUUCCGGACAAUUGAGUGGAAACACGAUGCAUUCCAUGGAGGUCGACUUCAUCCCAGAGAAAUUGGGUCCAAAAGGAGGUCAAUAUUCUGCCGACACACGAACCGCCGGUGCGGUGACCCUUCUGGCUCAAGUCUCCUUGCCAGUCCUACUAUUUGCUGAUGCACCUUCAACUCUGGAUUUGAAAGGCGGCACCAAUGCCGACAUGGCUCCCACCGUCGAGUAUUAUGACAAGGUAUUCCGUCCCAAUCUAGCUCUCUUUGGCGCCCAAUUCGACCUGACAGUCAAGAAAAAAGGCUACUUUCCCAAAGGCGGAGGCCAUGUGGAGCUAACGGUAGCUCAUCCUGUUCGUGAGCUGUCUCCUGUAGACUUGACCGACCCAGGAAAGGUAGAGUCUAUCGAAAUCGAGGCCUCGGUGGCUGGAACUUUACCCGAGUCCUUGGCCCAGAGUAUGACCAGGGCCGCAGAGGUAUUGAUCAAACAAAACCUCCCGUCCGACUGCCGGGUCCUCACUCGAUCGUUCAAGGAGGCGUCUGCCACUGCCAAUGGCUCGAGUAUUGUGAUUGUGGCCAAAACCUCAACCGGCUGCACCAUUGGCGCUUGUGCGGUAGGCUCUCCCAAAGUGAACCCGAAGAAGACGGGUGAGAACGCGGCCCACGAAGUCCUGAACUCACUGAGACAAGCUAUUUGCGUGGACAAGGACAUGCAAAACAUGCUGAUCAUCUACAUGGCAUUGGCCAAAGGCCAAUCUCGCAUUCUGACAGGUCCUUUGGAAAUGCACACGACAACGGCCAUUUGGAUCAGUGAAUUGCUAUCGCAUGCCAGAUUUCAAGUUCAUAAGCGUGAUGAUAAAACCAAUAUUAUCGAAUGUCAGGGCAUUGGUUGGUCCAAUCAAUGUCCGUCAGAAUGAACUUGAAAAUGCAUUUUGAAAUCACAUAAUCUGCCGGAGAAAACUUCAUCAUAUUGUCAAUUCAUUGGUUAUUUCCAAUAUUCUGAAUACUGUGACCAAAACUGAUCAUCUUUGAAAUGGAAGAAGCAUAAGCAUUGAG